AUGGAGAUCGAACUCCUACGCGCGCGGGCCAAAAUGGCCCAGGAUCAGCUUCUCAGGCUGGAACAGCACCAUGGCAAGUGGUGCGACGGAGUGCAGGGAGCCUUUCAUUCCAUGCAGGAGCUCUGCGAUGAGCUGCUGAAGCUCCGUGCCGUGCCAAGCGCUGUGGCCAGUUCCUCCCUGGGAAGCCCAAGUCUUGUGCUGCCCUCUCCGCAACACUUCGCCCAGGAGGUGUCCCUCGUCCCCGGGCAUGGUAGUGUCGAGGCUGCGCCAGACUUCUUUCGUGGCACCUUCGCCGUGCGGCCCACUCUACAGCCUCGAGUGCCAUUAGAUGAGGAACUAACGAUGCCCAGGCCAAAAUCGAUCGAUGCGAGCUCGUCUCGAACACCGUCCAAGGGGUAUAGAAGUUGGGAGAUGGAGCAGCUCGGCAUCCGGCGCGAUCGUCAUGGGGACAUACGGGAUUUCACUGGCGAGUUGGGUGGCGACGGGCAGCCCAGUGAAGUGCGGAAUGAUGGCCAAGGACUACCUAGUGGGGAAGUCACAGUGCAGCAGCGUGAUGAGUGGUCAGAAGAAGAGUGGCGGCAGUGGAACCAAGGCUGGUGGUGGUCUUCUUCACCUACAGCAUGGGCGCCCCGGGAAUCAAAUGGGGAUUCCUGGGAUCCUUGGAGUAGUUGGAGAGGGCAUAGAGGUUUUCAACCUUGGUCAGAUGGCGCUUGGGGCCAUCAGCCAACCAGAGGGGAUUUUUCAGAUCCUCCACAAUGGAGUGGAUGGUCGCACUACCGCCUGUGGAAGCGGGCACUGGUCCGUUGGGACUCAAACACUGAUGUCCUCCUCCGCAGGAGGAGCGAGAAGGUCUUGAAGUCCUUCGACUACGACCUCCAGGCGAAGCUUGACCACAUCAGCGACCAGGAGUUGCAGGGGGCUGGCUACUUGAACAGCAUCUUUGCCGUGCUGGACAUCUUGGCGGGCGAGAAGGAGACUUCUGAGCGCCGACGGGUGCUCAGGGCUGCUCUAUACGAGGGGCCGAGGCGCUCCGACGAGUCGUUGGCACAGUAUGCGCUUCGUCGUGAGGCUCAGUUUAUGUCAGCGACUCCUUUCAUCAACAUACCUGAUGACCUCAAGGCCUUUAUGUUAGAAGAGCAGGCCAACCUGUCGAAACAAAGUGUGCAGAACCUCAGAGUGCUGACUGGUCUAAGUUCGGAUUUCCGACAAGUCCUCAAAGCCCUGCGAAUCUUGGACACCGAUGAAGAGCCGAUUGCUAAGAACAAGCACUCGUCCUACUUUGAAAGCGACGUUCAUGGAUCGAACUAUGACCACCUCGACGACGACGUCUCUGAGGAGGAGUUCGGCUUGACGGAGAACGAGGUGCAGGGCAUGCUAGACUCAAUCAGCCAGCAGGAUCUCGAGGAAGAUGCUGCGAUGUCGUUCGUGACUGACUGGGAGGCAAAAAAGAAGCGCUCCUGGUCUGAGAACCGUGCCAUGAAGAAUGCCAAGAAGAAGGACAGGCGGCAUUUCGAUGAGCCGGAUAGCCGGCCACCCAAACCUGCGGCUCACCGCGGAAGGCUUUCCAUCCAGGAGCUCAAGAAGGUGACGCGAUGUGGGAACUGCGGCCAGAAAGGACAUUGGCGGGAGGAUUGUAAGAACCCUUACAAACCAAAGUCCGACAAGACCUUCAACAAGAACGCCUUUGUUUUUCUGGGCACUUCAUCGAAGCCAAGCUCCUCAUGGUGCAACUUCCUGAACUACCUGACGAUUCCUGCUGGUUGUGCCAUUGUGGACCCUGGAGCCAGCCAGGAUUUGAUCGGGAAGAAUGCCUUUGAGAAGUUGACUGUCGAACUUGCCAAGAAGGGCCUGAAGCCCGUGAUUUUGGAUGAGUCACCAGCUCCUGCUGCUGGGGUGGGUGGUCAGGCGAAACCACUUUACUCAGCUCUGACCCCAUGCUUCCUGGGCACCCAUCCGGGCAUCGUCAAACUCACCGUGAUCGAAGAGGAUGUCCCUCACCUUUUGAGCAUCGGCUUGCUGGAACAUGCCAAAGCCAUCAUCGACGUUGACAAGGACGAGAUCCAAUUCCGAGCCUUUGACAAAAGCGCUCCAAUGACACGGCUUGAAAGUGGCCAUCGUUUGCUGAAUGUGGUAAGAGGUGCCGGGCCUUUUGAGAUUCCUGCACAAGUGUUGGAAGAACAUGGCCUGACACCUGACAGUUUUAGGAAGCACCGAAGCCAGAUGGAAUCCGAGAAGUGGCAGGCUCUGUGGUUCACCAUGGUGUCAAAGCUGCUUCACCUCUCCAAGGGGCCCUUCAGCCUGAAGAUGCCGAUGUUGGUCGCACCAGUCUCCUGCCAACACCCCAAGGGGUUUGUGGCAAAGGGGGCCAACCAGUAUGGCCGCUGGGAAAGGUGCACACUUUGCAAAACGAAGCUCAGCUUCGAGGCAUACUCCAAAGACAACCCUCGAACGGUGUCCAAAGCUGCGAAGAACAGCAUCCAAGACAAGGACACGACAGAGAGGUUGCAGCAGGCAGCUAUCAAAGUGAGCAAGGCCAUGGCGAAGCCAAAGGCAUCUCCCUAUGUCACUCACCAGGAGAUGCAGGACUUGAUGCACCAGCUGAUUCAGGGGCAGCGAGAGCUGCAGCACCAGGUGACCACGGUGAUGCAAACUCAGGCAGCCUCCUCGACUAUGAAUCCGAACCUCCUUGCUGUGCAGCAGCAGAUGGCCGCACAGCAGAUGCCAAUGGCCCCACCGUGGCAAGCGCCCAUGGUGGACUUGGAGCGCAACGAGGAGGACGAGGAGAUGCUCACCAAUCCAAACGAGUGGGAAGCCGUGGAUCCGACGCUAGGACCUCAAGAAAGUUUCAAGAAAGGACAAGAUCCGGAGGAGACGGAAAGACUCCAAGAAACCUUAAAAGAACAGAACAAUAAUGCGGCGAAGACGCAAGAACUUCAAAAGACGGAGGAGACGACAGGACUCCAAGAGGCUUCAAGCCCAACAUGCGUAGCCAAGCUGUUGUCUAGUGAACUAGGUGGUAGGUUUGUGACAUGUCACUGGAACGGCCCCGGGACCGGCCACCCAUCACGGGAUCCCGCUCAUGCCGGCGCCAUGGAAACUGGUGUCAGCAGAGGUGCUUGCGACAAGACGAAGUUCAAAGUGUGCGAGCUUUUUUCCAUGCCGAGGUUGUCGGCUCGUUCAGUCGAGGACAUAGCAUUCACUGAACCAGCCAACUUUGACAAGCGGACUGGUUGGGAUUUCUUUGAUGCGGCUGACAGAGCCGCCUUUUGGGAAUGCCUUCGAACUCAGGAACCUGAUCUGGUGCUGAUGUCGCCGGAGUGCAAGCCUUUCAGCAUCUUGAUGAGCUCGAAUUGGGAACGCAUGAAUCCACUUGAAGUCGAGAGACUUCGCACUCAGGGCUUGGCUAUGUGGCAGUUUUGUUUGCAGGUGGCUGACUAUCAGCAACAACAUGGGCGAUACUUUAUGAUCGAGCAGCCGGCCACCGCCUCUAGCUUGAGGACGCAUGCUCUUCAGUGGCUGCUCAGUCAACCUGGAGUGUGGCUGCUCAAUUUUGACCAGUGCGCAGCCGGCCUUUCGGUUGUGGAAGAUGGGCGCAAGAAUUUCCUGGUAGAUGCGUUUCUGAAAGGAAUCCGUUGGGCCAGAUCACAUGAAUUUCAUGGUUGGAAUGCACCUGUUUUUGAAGAUGAAGAUGAGGAUCAAAGGUUUGGUGAGGAUGACAUUGCAGAGAGUGGCCAGAGUAGUGUCUCAGCACCACAGACACCCUCGCCAGCAAUGUCCACUACACCCAAGAUAACCACCAAGCAGAAGGAUACCAUCUACAAACUUCAUGUGAAUACUGGGCACUUGCCAGUGCCCCAAAUGUUGGCCAUGCUCAAAGCCGCAGGGGCCCGAGAUGAGGUUAGAGACUUUGUGAAAAACGAGUUCCAUUGUUUGCAGUGCAUGAAGCAGCAGAAGCCAGUUCCUCACAAGAAGGCCACUUUUCCAAAGAGCUUUACGUUCAACAAGCUCGUUGGCAUCGACUAUUUUUUCAUUUCAUUUUUGGGAAAGACUCACGCCUUCUUGAACGUCAUAUGCAUGGGCACAAACCUCCAGCAAGUUGCGUUGCUGCCAGGCUACGUAGGUUCGGAAUUCAAGGGGCAUUUUGAAAGAGGUCUAGAGCAGGUGGGAACCUUUCAAGCAGUCAUAGAUGGGGCAGCUCCAUGGCAGAACGGCAAGACCGAGAGACAUGGGUCUUGGUUGAAGACCAGAUUGGAGGAGGAGCUACAAAGUGGCCAGACCAUUGUGCGAUCCAGCAUUGAGCUUGAGACUCUAGCCCAAUUGGUCACCUCCCACAAGAACCGGUGGUUCCAUCGAGGAGGAUACUCCCCAUAUCAACUGGUCUUUGGCGUCAACCCUCGAGUUCCAUUGGAGCUCUUGUCAGACGAUCAUAUGAUCAUUGCCGGGGCAGAUGAUGCUGGAGUGGAUCCUUUCGAAGCCGAUGGGCCAGCAGCUGAGUUUGCAAGGGCUCACGCCAUCAGGCAAAGGGCCCGGGAGCUUUGCAUUGCAUCCAAUUUGAAAGACAGAGUCAGAUUGAGCCUUUCUCACAACAUGCACCAGCAGAAGCAGUGGGCGCCCAAUCAAUGGGUCUACGUGUGGAGGAAGUUUCCCGGCACAGGAGGAGGACAUACCACUCGUGCCAGGUGGAUUGGUCCCGGUCUUGUUAUUAUGCAACAGGGCAACACAGUGUGGGUGUCUAUGCGUGCCAGGAUUUGGAAGUGCUCUUCAGACCAGCUGAGAUCUGCUAGUCAUCUGGAGACUUUGGGCGCCGAAUUGACCAAGGCGCAAGGCCUCGAGGACAUCCUCAACCAGACCAAGUCCAAGCAGGCUGGUGCGGUGGAUGUCGCCGCCGAGGGCCCCCCGGAGCGAGAUGCUUGGUCACAGCCGGCAGUCCCAGAGGGAGAAGCGUCACCGGCUCUGCCCGAUGUGGGGGUUUUACAGCAACAGCAAGAGUCCACAAUUGAGCAAGCUCGCCUGCCCGCCUUGCCAGAAGAUGAAGCGAUCAACAUUGGACAUGGCAUGAUUAGACAGAUAUUGCCACAACCAAUCGUGGGAGACUCACCAGGUGCCAGAGAACUAGCCAGAACUUUCCCUAGGCAGCAUUCUCAAGCUACCCAGGAGGAACCCAACGUGGAGCCAGUGCCAUCAGAUGCCUCAGACAGCACUGACUCCUCUAAGAGGCGAAAGACCAUCACUGGUCCUCCAGAACCCCAAGUUGAGGUUCGUCAAAGGGUCGCUGAUCUAGAAUCAAAAAGGUUUGAGAGAGAGGCGCUCCGUUUUCUCAAGAGACUGGACCGAGAAGAACGUCAACAGUCAAGAGGCUCAGCAGCUUCCUCCUCUUCAGCAGCCUUGCCCUCUUCAGCAGCGCAGCCAGUCUCAGGGCCCAGUACAACACCUGUUGACCUUGAAGAAAGCGCCCCGAUUCCAGAUGAUCAAGAUGACGACCUUCUCUCAUUUUUUGAUGUUUGCCCAAGCAAGGAAGACAUUCUCGAGAAGGGCUCCUUGCCGUUUUGUGAGAUGUCUAUCAGCCAGGACUCAGAAAGACCAUCUUUUCUGGCUAAGCCCACCAAGGCCAAGAACUCGGAGUUCGACAUGAAACAAGCGACCCCACAAGAGAUCAAAGGCUUUGAAGCUUCAGACCUUAAGGAGUGGGAAGCAAUUUUGAGUAUGGGAUCGGUCAGGGUGCUCUCCAAGGAAGAGUCUCUCAAGGUGAUAGCUAACUCACCAGAGCGAGUAAUUACGAGCCGAAUGAUCAGAAGAAAGAAGCCUGUUCCAGGAGUUGGAAAUUUCAAGUUCAAGUCCAGAUGGUGCCUUCAUGGCCAUCAAGAUCCUGACAGCAUGUCCGGAUCAUUUCAGGUUUUUAGUCCCAUGCCAAGCUGUGAAUCAAUCACUCUCUUUUUUCAGAUAGCCAUCAACGAGCAGUUACUGGUUUGCUUCCUUGACAUUCAGAAUGCGUUUUGCCAAGCAGACCGCUUGGAUCGUCCUCAAGGGAAGCUGUACGCAGUACCAUGUAGCGGCCUCAAGAUUCCAAAGGAGAGGUUGAUUGAAAUCAUAGCCCCCAUCUACGGUUUGGACGACUCACCUUUGAGAUGGCAUCGCACUCUCAUCAAUUUCUUUCAGGGCCUGGGCUUCGAAAAAUCACUUUUGGAACCAUGCUGGUUGGUAAAAAGGGUUCGCGGCAAGAUCGUCGCUCAGAUCCUCAUCGAGGUUGACGACUUGAACGUGGCCGCCACGCCUGAGUACCUUGACACCUUGCAGACCGCCCUCAAGGCCAGAUUUAUCUUUGGCAAGUGGGAAGAAGGAACAGCCGACUUCGCCGGCCGUCACGUUUCAGUUAGACCCGACAAGGUCAUCAUGCACCAGGAGAAGUACAUCCUUGAGAAACUGCAUCCUGUGAGACUUGCUAAGGGUCGACUGAGUGAUCGGGCCAGCGAACUCUCACACGAGGAGUUUGAGGAUUUUAGGUCCAUGCUGUACAAGGUGAAUUGGGUGGCACACCAGACACGUCCUGAAGCAGCAGGAAUAGUCAGCAUUCUUGCCAGCCGUUUGAAAAAUGCCACAGUUCACGAUGUCAGCUGCCUCAACAAGUUGAUCUCUCACCUGAGGGGGACAGCCAGCCAACCAUUAGUACUACACAAGUUCAACAACAGAGACAUGGUGUUCAUCGCAGCAUCUGAUGCGGGUGGCGUUGACGGCAAACCUAUCGGUGAGUUGGACAACCUGCAAGACACCGUCCAAGGAGCUUGGAUCAUUCUGUGUGCCGACCGAGUGCCGUCAGCCUCCAGCAAGACGAAAGUGUCGAUACUCUCUUGGCGAUCGGCUAAGCUCAAGAGAAGAGUAACAUCAACACUAGCUAGUGAGGCUCUUGCCUUCUCUCAGGCACUUGGUGAGCUUGAAUGGCUUCAAGUAAUGUUCAUGGACAUCGUGCAUGGCAACAUCAACCGCGAGGACUGGACUGAGUCCGUGCUCCCGUUCAUCGGAGUGCUCAAGGACUCAUCUCAGCUAAGGACUCACAUUCACGAGGACAUGCAAGAGCAGUGCACCAUCACCGAUGCGAAGUCCCUCUUUGACUCUUUGAAAAAGGAGAACCCGACUUCCAGGCAAGAUAGGAUGAUAGCAGACGUUCUCACAAAAGACGACAUCGGCAAGAGCAACGGCGCUCUCGAAGAAUUGUUUCGCACUGGCACUUUAGCGCUGUGGGAUGAGGAAGAUGAGCUUGCAAGAAGACGUGAGUACACGAUGGGCCACGACGCUGAGAGCGUAAUAGGUGUUGCGUCAGAAGACUCCAUGAAAGGGUCUGAGAGUGGCACCAGUUUGCUGAACUUGCAAUACGAUCCUCCAAAGACAGACAAGGACGUGGCCCCGCCUUUAGAUGAGAAGGGCGAAUCGCGAGAGGUGAGUGUGAGUGGUCAAGGUGAAUCUUCUCUGGACACGGAGGGCGUCAGGAGCAAGUUGUUCCGACAGCUGUCUCCAAGUCUCUAUGGUGGCUCUGGUUCUCCCAGUUGGAGCGAGGCGAUUACCCAUGGGAUCUCAACACUCCUUCCAAUGGACGAGGAUUUGCGGCACCAAUCAACGCUCACUGCACUUAAAACGGAUGGAAGGCUGCGAAAGCACUUGGACCCGGCGGCUGGGUUGCUGGUCACCUUGAACUUCUUCUUCAUGUGUUGGGAACUGGAAUGGGAAGGACAUAAUCUGGGCGCGGAGAUGGGGAUCCCUGGCUUGCAGCCACAUCCUCUCCUGGCCAUUAGAUGGACGGAGAUGGUGUUCAGCUUCUUGUUUCUGAUCGAGCUUCUCUUGCGCGUCUACGCCGAUCGAUGGGAGUUUCUUCAUCAAUUUGCCAACUGGUUCGACACAGUACUUGUCCUCAACAGUCUGGCUGAUAUGUACAUUUUCUUUGCCACCUUGUUUGGUUCGCCUCCAAGCUAUGUCAGCGAAACGGUCUUCCGUGCCAUUGCCACGCUGCGCACGAUUCGCAUCAUGCGUGCCAUGAGGCUGUUUCGAGGUCUACGUUUGUUGCUGAAAGCCUGCCAUGCGUUUCUUCCUACCUUGGCGUGGUCCAUGGUCCUGCUUGGUGUCAUCAUGUCCAUGAGUGGAUUGCUGGUUGGGAGGCUGCUUCAGUAUUUUAUCGCAGAAGAGCAAGAGGAACUGGAGGACCGCAUUUGGGUUUGGAAGCGCUACGGCACUGCUUAUCGCUCGAUCUACACCCUAUAUGAAGCUUGGUUGAGGUUUGUGAGGAAGAUUUUGGCGCUUUAA